GCAGAUGAGGAGGAGGCGGUGGCAGUGGUGGAAGAAGAGGCGGCAGCGGCGGGGUUAGGGAGUCUGGAAACGCAAGCGGGGAUGGUAGGUGGCUUGGAUCCGCCGGGCCGCCGUCGUUUCCAGAAAGGGUUUGACUGGAGGAACCUCUGGAGCAGCUGUUGCCUGGCUCCUCUGGCUGAUGGCAUGUUGAGGCACAUGGGCCAGGGGCAGCGAGGGCAUCCAGUCCAGAGGGGGCCACUCUAGAGGCCGGGCCACCAGCACCAUGGGCCAGUGCGUCACCAAAUGCAAGAAUCCCUCAUCGACUCUGGGCAGCAAGAAUGGAGACCGUGACCCCAGCAGCAAGUCACACAGUAGGCGGGGAGCAGGCCACCGAGAGGAACAGGCGCUAGCCUGUGGCAAGCCAGGUGGGGAUAUUCUGGUCAAUGGGACCAAGAAGUCAGAGACUGCCACUGAGGUCUGCCAGCUGCCAACAUCCUCGGGAGAUGCUGGGAGGGAGCCCAAAUCCAAUGCCGAGGAGUCUUCCUUGCAGAGGUUGGAAGAACUGUUCAGGCGCUACAAGGAUGAGCGGGAGGAUGCAAUUUUGGAGGAAGGCAUGGAGCGCUUUUGCAAUGACCUAUGUGUUGACCCUGCGGAAUUUCGAGUGCUGCUUCUGGCUUGGAAGUUCCAGGCUGCUACCAUGUGCAAAUUCACCAGGAAGGAGUUUUUUGAUGGCUGCAAAGCAAUAAGUGCAGACAGCAUUGAUGGGAUCUGUGCACGGUUCCCUAGCCUCUUAAUGGAAGCCAAACAAGAGGAUAAAUUCAAAGAUCUCUACCGGUUUACAUUUCAGUUUGGCCUGGACUCCGAAGAGGGGCAGCGGUCACUGCAUCGGGAAAUAGCCAUUGCCCUGUGGAAACUAGUCUUUACCCAGAACAAUCCUCCAGUGUUGGACCAGUGGCUAAACUUCUUAACAGAGAACCCCUCGGGGAUCAAGGGCAUCUCCCGGGACACUUGGAACAUGUUCCUUAACUUCACUCAGGUGAUCGGCCCCGACCUCAGCAAUUACAGUGAAGACGAGGCCUGGCCAAGUCUCUUCGAUACCUUUGUGGAGUGGGAAAUGGAGCGAAGGAAAAGAGAAGGAGAAGGGAGAGGUGUGCUCAGCUCAGGGCCCGAGGGCUUGUGUCCCGAGGAGCAGACUUAGUGGCUCCCCUCCAGGAGCAGCAGCAAGGAUCUGCCCGCUGCCCUGCAGCCAACUGAGGAAAUGAACUUUUUGGGAAUUACUGAAGAUCCGGAUAUUUUCUACUUUACACCUUUCUCUGCCUUGUAUCUGAAAGGGCUCUAAAAUGCUGUAUCAUGUUUUAGGCACUUUCUUCAUUUUUUGGUUAUUUUGGUUAUUUCUUUUUUGGGGGGGUCCCCCAAAAUAUUUGAACCUGGCUACAUGUUGUGUAUCUUUUUUUGAAGCCUUCAGAUAGAAUAAGCCUGCCAUUUCUUGCACAAAUUCAAUUUUUUUUU